AUGAACCGCAGAUCGUGUCGGCUGGUCGAGGCGGUGUGCAGCGCGUCGACCCUUGAAGGUAUAAAAUGGUGCGCUAUUUCUAGAAAAUUUCGUGGCACCUUUUUGAGCAGAUUCCCCGGGGGGACAUCCCGGAGGAAUUUCUUCUUCAAAAAGGAGAGCAAAAAAUUAGGAGAAACGACAAAUUUGCUGGAAAAUUUUAAUUUAAAAAAUUUUGUAAAAAAGGGUAGAAAUGGGGGAGGGGUAACCUACUCGGAGGAGGCGGAGCGGAGGAAGGAGAACCGCGGUGGUCAAUCGUUAGGCCAAAAUAAUGAGCAUCUUGAAAAUGUAGACACGCUAAGUAAAGGCGACGUAGAAAGAAUAGAUAAAAUUCUUGCAGAAAUAAGCAGAGAGACAAAACAACCAAAUGGAGAGGGAUACCUGCUAGAACUGAUCGGACUAAAAAGCAGCGGAGAAAAUAUCAUACAAGCUAGUCUCGCUUGCAUAAGUACAUGCGAUAGUAUAUUAAAAAAAAUGUGCAAAGAGGAAAACAUUUUUAAAAUUAUUAACAUGGUAGAUACAGUGUCAAAUAACUUAUGCAAAUUAGGAGACGCCCUGGAACUGCUCAGGAAUUUACACACAAACCAAGGGGUAAUGGCCAAGGCACAUGAAGCGUUGGAAAAGCUAACCACCUACAUUGAUGUAAUUAACAUUGAUGAAAAAAUUUACCAUUUUUUAAAAACAAAAUAUGAAGAGCAUGCACAUAGGUUAGAUCGGGAACACGCAGAAGUUCUGCUUAACAUGAUCGUGUCCAUGGAAAACCAAGGGGUCCACAUAAAGGAUAAGAAGCAAAGACGAGAAUAUUUGGAACUCCAGGCACAGGAAAAAUAUAUUUCCUUCCAUGCUACAUCGAACGUGGGAAAUGAAUAUGACGGUGUGUUCAUAGAAAAGAGGAGACUCCUUCCUUUUAUCGAUGAGCAGGUGAUACAUAAUUAUCAGGAAAAAAUAAAACCUUUUAUUAAAAGUGGAAAAGUAAAAAAAAAUAACGUACUGGAAAAAUUCGACCCAGCCGAGUGGGUAUUUCUCCUCCAGGACAGCUCCUUCAUCAUGACGGUGCUUGAAAAUGUCCCCGACGAAGAGGUAGCAAGCAGCGCCCACGCGCUAUUGAAGAAGCCAAACCAGACAUUCCUAAAAAACAUACUGGUGCUGCAGUACUAUAGAAAUAUGCUAACCAAUUUUCGAAAUUUUAGAAACUUCAGUGAGUACUCUCUAAAAAAUUGCAUCCUAAACAGCCCCGACAAGGUGCACUAUUUUUUGAGAAAUACUUUUAAUACUAUUUUGUCGCACUUCUUCGAGGAGCUGCGGUUUGUGGAGAGAUACAUCGACGCGGUUUCAUGCAGAGGGGAGAAGAUGAAGCUUUCCAACGGGGGUGCCCUGUCCGGUGCGAUCGAAUCCGCCCCGGAAAAGGUCUCAGAAAGUACCUUAGAACCCCCCACGCAGUGCUUCAACGCAACUGAUAACCACCCAUGCAAUAUAAACGGAGGAGGGGGGCACUCCAAGCUAACCCCGGAAAAUGUGUUCUACUACAUGAACCAAAUAAGGAAGGAGAAACUCAAACAGAUCGAGGCGGAAAUGAAAAACCGAUUGACUCUGUAUCAGGUUAUUCGCUUUGUUGUGAACCUCUUGAAGGAUUCCUACGCCUUGGAGAUGGUUAACGUUGCGCCAUUGCCAAACGAACUGUGGGACGAGAGCAUAUUAAAAUUUGAGAUAAGGGACGGGAGCUACACCUACGGGUACUUAUAUAUGGACCUUUUCGAGCGGGAAAACAAGAACCAUUCAAUUGCCCAGUACACCGUUCGGUGCUCCAAAAAUAUGAACGCCUGCUUGAAGCAUCAGUGGUUUGAAGAAAGCGCACGCGAGUUUCCCUUCUUCUACGCGGGCAUCGUGCGGGGCGGCAUGGACAGCCACACGGGCAACAACACACCAAACUGUGAACCAACUGUGAGGCCACCUCACCAACAAACCUACCGACAGACCACGUCGACCUUCCUUGUGUGCAACUUCAGUACCAAAUUGAGCGCCCCCGAGGGAGAAGCCACUUCCGCGAGUAACACCCCUAGAGAUGAUAACAUCUUCAUAAAUGAACACAUAGCCAACUCACUUGGAAGAAUAAAAAUGUCUAUCGACAAGGUCAACAUGUUUCUGCACGAAUUUGGGCACACCAUGCACUGCAUAUUGAGCUCUACAUAUCUGCAGCAUCUGUCUGGAAAUAGGGGUGGCGUAGAUUUCUCAGAAUUCACGUCUCACUUUUUUGAGGAGUAUUUAAACAGUUACGAUGCGUUGUUGAGAUUGUAUGGAGGGAAUGAAGAAGAAACGAGAGAGAACCGCGAACAGAUCGAAAGGAUGGUAAAAAGUUACUUGGAUAGCAAAAACAUUCUCUGCUAUUAUUCCAUAAUGCAGGUGACGAUUCAGUCCAUCAUUGACCAGAUAUUUUAUUGCCUAUCGGAUAAAUCCAGUUGCAUUUCUGAGCGAAAUGAAUUAAUUGAGAAGAAAAUAAAUGAGUACUUCUCCGGGGUGUACUACAAGGACAUAUUUAUACUCGAGUUAUUUCCGCAGAUCCAUUUUUCCAAAACGACACACCUUGUCCAUUAUCCUGCCAAUUAUUUCUGUUACCUGUACUGUUCUGUGCUGUCCAAAUAUGUUUGGGAGCGGACGUUCAAGCGGGAUUUGAUGAAUCGGGGGAAGGGCGCCGAAAUUGUGAACUUCAUGCGCGGAGGCUCGGUUGACUCCAGCUUAAGAAACAUCAUUGCAUUGGUGGAAGACGACUCGGAGAAGGUUCAGUACUACACGGAAAAUCCGCAACACCUGCCAUUGGAAGAUUUUUUGAAGCAUUACUCAGGGGAAAACAAGAACGAGGAAUACAACUCCUUUUUGGAGGCCCUCUAAAUGG